AUGCUUGGUUCACCCAAGUAUAAUGAAAAAACAAAGGAGCAUGUUCGUGUAAAAAAAGUAAUACAUUCCAAAGAAGGAACCAUUUUUGACUUUAUGAUUCACCCACCAAAUGAUAAAUUAGAAAUCACAGAAAGUCCUCUCUUAAUUGUUCUAAAACAAGAAAUAAGAAGAUGUCCUAGCAUAAAUAAUGUCAUCACCAAUGCUGAAUUUGAACUGGUAGAAAAAUUGCUUCAAGAAGUUAGCAUCAAAGGGCAACCUGGAUUGAGAAAGCCUUCAAAAAAACUUAUUAUUAAUAAAACUGUCUUAGAUCAAGAACAAAAACUUUCAAGUUCUAUAAAACUAGAACAAUUAGAAUUUCAAAUCCCAAUAAUUACUUUGUAUGGGGCAACAGUUGGCUGUAUUCAAAUGACAUCAAGAUUAUGGGUACUCAAAACAGAGAAUAUGAAUGGUAGACUGUAUUUUGAUAUGGCACCAAAACUAGAUCUUGCCAAUAAGAAAGUAUUGUAUCAAAAAUAUCUUAAAUGGUGUAAGAAUAAUAGUGAAAAGUCAUUAUCUAACAAUAUUUUUGGUAAGAAGCUAUCGGAAAAAAAUAUUAUUGAGUGUAAACAGGAGCAAAUAGGUAAUAUCAAAGAAUUCUCUGAUAUACCUCAAUCUGACAUACCUGAAAAUAAGACAACAGAUAUACCAAUAUUUAAUAAAGUAGAUAAAUUGGACAAUAUAACCCAAGCUCUAUUUGACUAUAUGGAAAAAGAAGCAGAAGUACUAGUUGCUUUAACAUCUGAGACUUCUGAAACUUCUAAGAUGUUUAAUCUACCUGAGCCAAAAAUCAUUGAGGUUAAUAUUGCUCAUGAACUAAUUGAUACUUAUGCCAAAGACUCAAAUGUUACUACAGCUUCUAACAAAAUUCAGAAAGAACAAACUAAACAAGAUGUAACUAAUAAUCAGUUAAAAAUCCUAUCAUAUUUCUUCUUAGAAAAGGGACUUAAAAAGAUUCAAAAUAUCAAUACUAUUAAUAAUCUCUCAUUACAGGAGCUUGCAGAUAUAAUAAUAAUGUUGUGUAUAAGGCCAACUGAAGUAUCUAAUCUCUAG